AUGAUAACUGAUGAGAACUUCACAGAAUUACAUCUAGAUCAAACUGUGGCACAAAUUGAUAUUUACACUGAUGGGGCUGUAAGAAACUACGGUAAACCCAACCAAACUUCAGGUUAUGGUAUAAAUAUUGAAGGACAUCUGGAGAUCUCUAUAAUUGGUGACAAUAUGAAUAUUACUAUGAUGGAAAUGAAAGCGGUCAAACAUUCACUUCGAAUUGUGGAGUUUUUGUAUAAGGAUGGGUAUCGAGGCCAUGUUACGAUACGAACAGAUUCAAAAUUUGUAAUGGAUGCUAUUACAAAAUUAUCUAUCAAAUGGCAAAGGAGGCAUUGGAUCAAUCAUCAAGGUAACAAGAUUAUUUAUAAAGAGAUCAUUAUGGAAUGUUUUGAGAUAUUAUCACGAAUAAGUCAACUUACUGACUUGGAAAGUAUUAAAUGGGAACACGUCAAAGCUCAUAGUGGGGAUGUGGGGAAUGAGUUGGCAGAUCAAUUGGCACGACUAGCUUGCGAUAGAUCAGAAGUUGGUUGCGAAAUAAAAAGUUAG